GUUUUAAUAGAGGAGCUAUUUUUAACAGCCUUGUUUCUCCUUUGUAAUAAAGAGUAUAACACAUCACACUUAUUUUUAAUGCAGAGGGAAGUACACCAAAAUAAAAAAUACAUUUACAUCUUUAGAAACUGCCCCAAAAACACAACGAUGCAUUACUUUUUCCAUUUCUACUGAAUGACCCUGAAUCCCUUGAGAGCCCUCGUGAACAAUACUGCUGUCAGAUCCUUGUGUCCACACAUAUACACUACAGCCUGCCUACUCCCUGUCCCACCACUUCCUCCACAGCUCUCACACUUGUGCAGAUCUUUCACUCACAUCAGAUAUUCAAUGUCUCACCAUCACAUGAAGAUCACGCUUGAGUUUUUGAUUUUAAACAAGGAAACAGCAGCAUCAGAAUUGAAUAUCAGUGGAUAUUAAAUACAUCAUUCUUUAACUUCUUUGCUGCUUUUUUUGGUUUGUUUUUUGUUUAAGAAAAACUUUUUGGAGAUACUUUUGGCCACAUUACAGCUGCAUGUAGACUAUAGCAGCUUGGGAGCAAUGUCUUCUCUACUUUCUCACAACAAAGAUCAGCCACACAUUAGAAAGUCGCUCUCUGACUCCUCUCCAACUUCAUCCUCUGCCACUACCAAGAGCCUGAGGCAUGAGAGACUGUCUCGAUUGAGCUCGUCUGGAUCCGCUGAUGUCUCCAACGACACAUCAACAAACCACGCUGAGUCCUACUUCUUACGAAGGGAGAACAGACUCUCUGCAAGGAAAAAGGCAGAGGAGGAGAGUGCAAACAAUGACUAUAAAAAGAUGUAUGAAAAGGCACUGGCCACCAAUCAAAGGCUCAAGUCCAGGCUGGAAACAAGUAAACAGGAACUCACCAUGAUUCAGGACCAGCUGCAGCAAGCACAGAAGGGAAGACCAGGAGAUUGUGGCUCCAAUAUGCUUGAGACAGAAAAAAAGGAGAGUUGGAGUCUAAAAAAGAGGAUAUCAGACAUGGAAGAACAGUUGAAGGUUAAAGCAGAGCUUAAGACGGAGAACCAGAGACUGAAGGAUGAGAAUGGAGCUUUAAUCCGGGUCAUCACUAAACUGUCCAAGUGAGAGAGGAAGAAGGAGAAGAAGAGGGGCAGAUACCAGCAUCUAUAUUUAUAUACCUGCAUAUUUCUUACAUUCAGCCUAUCCUCAAAAAGAAUAUAUGUACAUAGUUUUCCAGUCAUUUUGGAAACUUGACUUUCUUUUCAUUGUCUGUUGAGUAUCAAACAUUUGCAGGGAUAAAGACACAUUUCACAUAAACGUCCUGCUACUGUAGUGGAUCUACAGCAGUAACACAUUCCCAGACAGAAAACACAUUCAAUUGAAAUUCAUCUUAAAAAUCAUCAUUCAUGCCAGCACGAACAUUAUAUGUGUUUUUCUUCACUGUGUUUCUAUGAGCAAAUUGUCCAGGAGAAAACCAUCUAUAAAACUGUGUAAUCAUAUCAAGAAUAUCCCUGCAUACUUAAAUGGACAAAAUAUUGCAGGUAUUUCCAAGGAGGUAUUACCAUGGAAACUGCAAUAUUUGGUUCACUCCAUAUGCAGACCUUGAAAAUCGGGCUCUGAGCUAUUAGGGACAGCAAAUGAUGGAUGGGCUACAUUUCUCAGGAACAUGGAAGCGUCAUUUCUGAUUUAAGAGCUUUACCUUGAAUAAUGAUGUCACCAAAGAAAAGCUUUUUCUUCUUAACCUGCAAUAUAAAAACAAUCAAAUGCAUACAAAUGGUUGUCAUGGAGUAAAGAAAAUGCCCCUUAUUUUGCCUCAUAACUGUCAGCGCUCAAGCAAAACCAGACUUGCAUGUAAAAUAUGAAUCAAUCAAUUCAUGAUGUGUGGAGAGGCUUCAGAUUCUCAUUGUAAACAAGUAAUGAUAAUUGAUCCUUCCUAUGUCCCGCCCUUUUUCUCUCUGUGCUCCAGUAACAUUUAAGCAACCUUGGUAACAACUUUUUUACUUUUAUGUGUAUGCUAUGUGCUAGGCUUGUCUAUGUUGAAAUCACAACCAAAUUAUGAAGAUGGUCAAAAUUCAGAUGAAGUUUAAAAAUCCCCAACCUUUUUAACCCUUUAGAUUACAUCCCUAGUCAUAUUUUACCCCUAGGUUCUUUCACAAUGAAUGUAAAAAAAAAUACCAGUAGGCUAUUCCAUUUCUUUAAUUCAUUUUUUUUUAACUUUUAUUUUGAAAUCCGAUAUUUUUUUUCUUCCUGUAAAAUGAAAUGUGACGCGUGCUUACAUUAGCGUGAACCGACCAAUAUGGCAAGCCAUUUUAACAUUUAACAGCUAGACUGGAUAUGUGUUGCAGAUAUCUCUAAUUCA